AUGACCGCACCACCGCCCUCCUCCCCCAAAUUCAACAACCACACCCGCUUCGAAAUCGAACUCGAGUUCGUGCAGUCACUCUCCAACCCCUGGUACCUCAACCACCUCGCGGCGCAGAAAUACUUCGACCAGCCGGCCUUCGUGCGCUACCUUGCCUACCUGCAGUAUUGGAAGGACCCGGCGUACGCGCGCUACCUGUCGUAUCCAGGGCCGACGUUGCGCGCGAUCGAGCUGUUGCAGGAGGAGAGGUUUCGGAGGGAUAUACUGUCACCAGAUACGGUGUUGAAGAUGAUUGAGGAGGGUAUGAAGGCGGGGAUGGAGGGGUGA